AAAUCUGUUCUUCUGCUAUAAAAACUUUAAUAAAACAUCUCAAUUUAAAGUAUAAAAAGUCGCUGGAAAACAAGAAGUCUAAGUAGUAAGACGUUAAAAGCUAAAAUAUGAAGUUUAUACUAUUAGUUGCUAUUAUUGUUGCUUGUAUUGGCGGUCAGGUUUGGGCAUGCGAUAAUAUUACCGCUACGAUUUCAGCUGUAGAAAAAUGCAAAGAGGUACAAAAUAUUACUGAAGAGGAGAUGGAGCAUCUUUUAAUAGGCGAUUUUGAUGAUGGGGGGGCAGAUGAGAAUGUUAUGUGCUUCGUCAAGUGUGUGAUGGAUGGUUUUGAUGCACUGGAUGGUGAUGAAUUGAAUAAAGGUGCUUUCAAUGAUUUUUUCGAACCUAUUUUGGGUCCGGAAAAGACUGAGAAAUUGUAUGAUGAAUGCAAAGAUGAAUCUGGCGAUGAGGAGUGCGAGACAGCAUUCAAGACUGCUAUCUGCUUGAUGAAAAGUGAAAAUAGUUUACAAUUUUAAAAUUAUUAUUGAAUGAUAUUUGAAACACCAAAAACAGUGUUAAAUUGUUAUCCUAUUAAUUUAAUCUAUUAUACCAAUAACAACAUAUCUAACAACA